GUCUGUCAAAUUUUUUUAAGAGGGACGAAAAUCAUGUUUUUAAAUUAAUUUUUUAUCGGGGUUUUAUUUGCCAACGGUUGUGUUCUAGUGAAGUGGGUAUUUUUAUGUGUAAACUGUGUUUUUUCAAUUAAAGUGGACAUUUUUUUGUUUCUUAAAUUAGUGUGUUAUUCUUUUACGAUAUUGCGAUGGAGACGGAACUUUUUACUUUGUACAACGUUCUGAAUUUCUACAAACAUUCUCUGUUAGAAAUUUUAAAUAAAAUCGACGAAACCAUGCUUCAGGCUGUGACUACCCACGAAAGUAAUACGUUAAGAGAUGCAUGUUCGAAAAAAUUUACAAUCUCAAUGGAAAUGGUCUCCGCUUUACAACACUACGUAAAAAUGCUCCACACUUGCGAAACCGUGUACGAGGGUUUAUCAGUUAAACUAGUGGAACUAGAAAACCUCGCUGAGCCUGAAAGAGAAGCACCUAGUACAAACCCUUUCACGUUAUCUAUCGUAAAUGAUAACGAUGAAAUUUCUAGUUCUAGUCUAAUUAAAAUAGAAACAACACCGCGACAGGACAGUACCCCAAGUACUUCUUUUGGUGGAGGACAAGUAACGUCUUCCUCAUUAGAAGGAUUAAGCACAGUUGGUAGAAUUAAACGGGAACGACUGGAUUCUUCUGAUGCAGUUAGAUCGUCAGAUGAAGAUUCGUUGAUAGUCAGAAAAAGCCCGAAAGCCAAACUACGGUCGCACUUGAAGAAGUCUAAAGUGGUACCACGAACCCACGAUGGUCCUGGAACUUCUGACAGACGAGUCGGUGGCAGCAUUCCUACGGGACCAGAAGAUACCAAUAAACCUACUAAGAGUACAGAUGUGGAUGAAAAUAUAAUCUCAGUCAUAAAAAAUGAACCACCAGAAAUCAGCGACAACUCGUCCAAAAGCCAAGCCACAAACAAUCCCAUUUCGAUUGGAAAAACCAUACUAACACUUGAAUCUCAGUCCCAGUCUUCAGUCAAAAAAUCGAAAGCUCGAAAGGAAUCUCAAUCUGACGCACAUCCUCAAGUUUUACCAGAAAUACCAAAAAAGGGUGAAAAAUCGCCCAAAGAGGCACCAGACCAAGAGAAUCAUGUAGAUAAUUUUGAAGAAAGUAUGAGACAAAAAACUGUCAAAAAAUUGGAGAACAAAAGCUUAAAGAAAACGGUGCAAUGGGCGCCUACGUUGACUCAAAUUAACCACGUACCAACUGAUGUAAAUCAAAAACCAAAAGGAAGAAACAUCAUUUCUAACAUAGGAGAGAGUAACUUGAGGGUUAAUGAGAGAUGCAUAAUCUGUCAUGUUGAAUCGCCGUCUGAAUUCUAUGUUCGCACCGACCAAUCGCUUUUCGAAAGUUUCGAAAACCGAUUCAACGAAGACAUGAACAAACAGCACCAAUACGUCAUAAACAAAUUCAAAUCAAAACCCGAAGCCAGAAGCAACUUGGGCAACUUCUGCUUCGGGUUCAUGUCCAGCAGACGCCGGUGGUACCGAAUCGAAGUACUCGACUGGAUGGAACACGAAAUCGAUAAAAUUUUCGUACAACUGAUCGAUUACGGCGAGAAGAUGUACUGGAACUACACCCAUCUAAAACCCAUGGCCGACUUGUACGCCCUCUUUACCAAAAUGGCGGUUAAAUGUCACCUGGCAGGGAUCUACUCCCCGAAUUUAGACGGAACGAAAAGCUGGCCACAAGCUAGCAUCGACUACUUCAUGGAAAUAAGCGAACUGGGGCCGAUGACACCCUUCGUAACGAUUUUCGUACACAGAGAAGGGAACUCGUACUCCGUCGAUCUCCGAACGACGAAAGACAAGAACGCGGACAGCUUAGGAGAGCUGUUGGUGAAGAAUUACCACGCGUUGGAAGUGAAGAUCUCCCAAGACCACGAUUUCAAGAUUGAAGAGGAAGAAGAGUUCGAUAAUAUUAACGAAGCUGUGGCAGGAUAUGACGCUCAAGAUGAAAGCAGGAUUUGUCCCUUCACCGACAACUCGGGCGGUUGCUUUAAAGGGACGUCGUGUACGCUCGAGCACGGUGUCCUAGCGUCAGACGGCGUCACCACUGACAAAGUACUAGCCAUAAACCAGACCACAACGCAGCUAGAUUUACCCCCAGCUGGAGAAAUCAUCAACGUAUUAAUAACAGGCUACGUGGACACGUGUCAUUUUUAUGCCCAGAUUUUAGACGACCCUUCAGGUGGUGAAGUCUUCAACGACAAGUUCGUCCGGUUGAUGGACACAAUGCAGGCGAACAACGUGGUACAAACGUACGAAUCAUUUAAGAUUUAUCCAGGAAUCGGGGAGAUCGUUUUGGUUAAAAAUGAUUCAAAAUGGUAUAGAGGGCGCUGCGUGGGGUACACCGAUAACGAGUGUGUGGAGAUAUUUUUGGUUGAUAUUGGCUACAUGGUGAUCAGAAAGCUUAAAGAGCUUAAGGUUAUGAACGAGCAGUUUACGUAUUUGCCGUUCCAGGCAGUUGAGUGCGUUUUGGACAACUGUCAGGAGAAGAAAGACGCGUCGCGGACGCUUUCAAGAAAGUUCUUUGACAGUGUUAUGAAAAUGAAGACGUUUAGAGGUCGUGUGAUGGAAAGUACUUCAGAGGUAUUGAGAGUGCAGCUGUCUGACGCCGACGAUAUGGACAUGAGCCAUGUUUUGAAACAGUGGGGGUUGGGGGAAGAUAGAGACAAAGCUUUUUAUUCGGUAUCUAAUUGUAAUUGUGAAUGAUUUGUCUUUGAUAGAAUAGUUGACAUAGUAAUGUAAAUAAACUGAUAAAGUCAUUAAACUGGGUACAA